AGAGGAAUUCAUACGGUGGAGUCCGAGAGAGGGAACAAAGUGUAUGAAUCUGAUGUGAGAGAGGCAACAGAAAAGAGAGAGAGAGAGAGAGAGAGAGAGAGAGAGAGAGAAAGCAGCCCAAUCGUCCCUUUUGGAAGAAGGAAUAUUGAAGAAAAAAAGUAAACUAUUGAUCUCAUCCAUGGCUGCUUUCCCCGGCUGAGUUGUUCAGAAAAUGAAGACCACCAUUUUGGUCCCUUCUUCUCCCUGUAAUUAUUGUAUAAACCCAUUUUCCAAACGGAUCCAAUUCCAAUUCCAAAUCCAAAUCAACCCUUUUUUCCCAUCUCUCUCAAUCUCCACUCCAUGGGAAAUUACAGGGUCUGUCUCUGCUUCAUCAGAAGGUUCAAGAUGUCCAAGGACGAGCCCCCCUCCGACGUCAAGGAAGCCUUCCUCAACUACGCCGGCGCCGCCGCCACCAUGACCGCCGACCAGCUCCGCUCCUUUCUCCUCGACUUUCAGGGCGAUCCCGCGCCCUCGCUCGCCGACGCUCACCGGAUCAUCGACCAAGUCCUGCACCGGCGCCACCACGUCGUGUCCAAGCUCACCAAGCACACUCUCACUCUUGACGAUUUCUACUACUUCCUCUUCUCUGUGGAUCUCAAUCCCCCAAUUUCCGAUCAGGUCCAUCAGGAUAUGAGAGCUCCAUUGUCCCACUAUUACGUUUACACUAGCCACAAUACGUACCUGACUGGGAACCAAUUGAGCAGUGAUUCCAGCGAUGUGCCGAUUAUCAAUGCGCUGAAGAGCGGCGUGCGAGUCGUCGAGCUUGAUUUGUGGCCCAACUCUGAGGAAGAUGACAUAGAUGUUCUUCAUGGAAGGACCUUGACAACACCUGUGGAAUUUGUUAGAUGUCUGAAAUCAAUUAAAGAGAAUGCUUUCUUAGCAUCUCCAUAUCCUGUAAUAAUUACUCUAGAAGACCACUUAACUCCUGAUCUUCAAGCUAAAGCAGCUGAGAACAUAAAGGAAACAUUUGGGGACAUGCUGUUCGUUCCUGAAUCGGAAUAUCAACAAGAAUUCCCUUCGCCUGAUGAAUUGAAGUAUCGGAUCAUUAUUUCGACAAAACCUCCUAAAGAAUACCUCAGGUCCAAAAAUGUGAAAGGGGAGAGUUCUUUCACUGAUGAUGACGAGACUGAUGAAGAAGAAGAUGGCGAUGAUACGAGUGAGAGUGAGUCCAGCGAGAGUGAUGACAGUGAUUACGAAUCUUACGCCACGGGUGUAUCAGAAUACAAACGCCUAAUUGCCAUUCAUGCUGGAAAACCAAAGGGAGGUUUGAAGGAAGCUCUGAAAGUUGGAGCUGAUAAGGUUAGACGCCUUAGCUUGAGUGAAAAAGCACUCAAAAAGGCAACUAAAUUUCAUGGCAUGGAAGUCAUUAGAUUCACCCAGAAGAACAUCUUAAGGAUAUAUCCGAAGGGAACUCGAGUAAAUUCUUCCAACUACAAGCCACAGAAUGCUUGGUUACACGGGGCACAGAUGGUUGCUUUCAACAUGCAGGGACACGGAAAAUCUCUCAGCUUAAUGCGUGGCAUGUUCCGAUCCAACGGAGGUUGUGGUUAUGUGAAAAAGCCCGACUUUCUACUGACGGUUGAUCCCGAUAGCAAGGUGUUUGAUCCUAAUGCAAUCCUGCCAGUUAAAAGAACUUUGAAGGUGAAAGUCUACAUGGGUGUUGGCUGGAAUUUGGAUUUUGAUAACACCCACUUUCAUUUAUACUCCCCUCCCGACUUCUAUACACGGGUUGGAAUUGCAGGAGCUCCAGCUGAUGAGAUAAUAAAGAAAACAAGGAUCAUAGAGGAGACUUGGAGCCCUGUUUGGAACGAAGAGUUCACAUUUCCUUUGACUGUUCCUGAACUGGCGUUACUUCGAAUCGAAGUGUAUAGUUACAACAUUUCGGAUAAGGAUGUUUUUGGAGGACAGAACUGUCUGCCCGUUCCUGAAGUGAGGCCAGGCAUCCAUGCUGUUCCUCUUUUUGACCGCAAAGGAUCGAAGUACAGUUCUGUAAAGCUUCUAAUGCGUUUUGAGUUUUCCUGAGGAUAUGAUUUCUUUUCCUUUGGCAACAUCUCAGAGGAGUGAAUUUUUCCUGUCAGCCAUCUGUCCGUGCUGGAGAUUAUUGUUGUUCUUUGACUAGAAUGAGUUGGAUUCUUACAUUUUCAUAGGGUAGGAAUGAAGCAUCGAAUAUGGGUCUUCCACUUUUCUCUCUCUACUUUUUCCUUUUCCUUUGAUGCCAACUGUAAUACUAAAAAAAAUCAGAUUCCUUCUGUCUAAAGAGAGUGAUUAUUCUUGUAAAGCAAAAUAGAGCAAGGAGAAUAAAUGGAUCUAUGAACAA